GAAGCUGAGCGGUGCCUUGCCACGGAGUGUGAAAGCAAACUGCCACGCGCGCUGCCCCAAGUGCCGCUCCGCGAAGCCUGAUGUGUGGGACUCAGUCCGCCACCAAGGAUGAAAGAGAGGCGCACGUGCGAGGAGAUGCGCGCGGGAAGGCACGAUGACGCUCGUGCGACGAUCGGAGCUGUUUAAGACGUGAACUCGGGCGAAUGUGUCUCCGAGUUUUGGCGAGACUGUGAAGAAGUGGCGCUCGUCACCAGCAGACACAACUUAGAAUCGACGUUAUAAUAUAAUAACGCCGCGCGCGCGGCACGAGCUGUCCCGUUUUCGAACACGAACAAAGUUGGACCGGACGUGUAUUUCCACGGCGCAGACCGAGCCGCGGUGACAGCGAACUCGGAGCUAUUUCUCGUUGCGGCACGUGCACCCCUUGCGCUCACCUGCGGGAUCUCGCCGGAUCCGAGGACCCCCCGCGUCUCCGCCGCGCGCAUACCACGAGCUGCCCGCGGGCGCACGCGGCGACGCGCUCGGCCAGCACUGCGGCGCCAUGCACGCGGCGGCUGCGAUCGGGGCCGAUUGCGCGGGGCUCACGCGGCGAUCCGGCUGGAUUCUCUGGGUUUCUGUGCUCAUCCACGCCACGGCGAGCCAAGAUGACGUACCUCCGUACUUCAAGAUGGAACCCGUGCCAACCCAGGUCCACCUGGAACGGAACCGGUUGGUUCUCACCUGCAUGGCUGAGGGCAGCUGGCCGCUGGAGUUCAAGUGGGUCUACAACGGGAGUGAGCUGACCCGCUUCUCCCUGGAGUACAGGUAUGUGAUCCCCUCUUUGGACCGAACCCACGCUGGUUUUUACCGCUGCAUAGUCCGGAACCGUAUCGGAGCCAUCAUGCAGAGGAUGACGGAAGUACAAGUGGCGUAUAUGGGCGAUUUCGACGAGGGGGAUCGCUCCCAGACUGUGUUUCCGGGGGAAGCCGCAGAGAUUCCCGCCCCCCACAUCCACAGCUUCCCCCGCCCACAGAUCACUUGGUUCCGUGAUGGUCGUAAGAUCCCACCCACUAAUCGCAUCUCCAUCACACUGGACAACGCCCUGGUGAUCCUGUCCACGAUGGGCACAGACACAGGGCGCUACUACGCGCAGGCCGUCAAUGACAAGAACGGGGAAAACAAGACGAGCCAGCCCAUCACUCUCACUGUAGAGAGCGUGGGCGGGCCUGCGGACCCCAUCGCCCCCGUCGUCAUCAUUCCGCCGAAGAACACCAGCGUGGUGGCCGGGACCGCGGAGGCCACCAUGGAGUGUGUGGCUAACGCCAGGCCCCUCAGUAAGCUGGUCAUCACCUGGCGUAAGGAUGGCGCGGCACUGAGCAGUGGCGUAAGCGACUUUGGACGCCGAAUGAUCGUCUCCAGCCCCUCGGUGGGCGACAGUGGUUUCUAUGAGUGUGAGGCGGAGCUGCGCGGCAUCGGUGUGGCUUCCGUCAGUGCCGGGGCGUACCUGCACGUUCUCGAGCCACCCCAGUUUGUGAAGGAGCCGGAGAAACACAUCACUGCAGAGAUGGAGAAGGUGGUAGACCUGCCGUGUCAGGCCAGAGGUGUCUCUCAGCCAGAGAUCCUGUGGUACAAGGAUGCAGUGCCCAUCAGCCCAGUGAAGACCCCCCGGUACCGCGUGCUGGUCGGGGGUAGCCUCCAGAUCAAUGGCUUGCUCCCGGACGACACGGGAAUGUUCCAGUGCUUCGCCCGCAACCCCGCGGGGGAGAUCCAGAGCAACACCUACCUGGCUGUCACCAGUAUUGCCCCCAACAUCACAUCCGGUCCCUCGGACAGCACGGUCAUCGAUGGCAUGCCUGUUGUCCUGCACUGCGAGACCUCCGGGGCUCCCCGGCCAGCCAUCACCUGGCAGAAUGGUGAGCGGGUCCUGGCUAGCGGCUCCGUGCAGCUGCCCCGCUUCACACUGCUGGAGUCCGGCAGCCUGCUCAUCAACCCUUCCCACGUGUCGGACGCCGGCACCUAUACCUGUAUGGCCAGCAACUCGCGUGGCAUCGACGAGGCGUCCUCCAGCCUUGUGGUCCUGGCUCGAACCCGCAUCACCAGCCCUCCUCAAGACCAGAGUGUCAUCAAAGGAACCAAGGCGACCAUGACCUGCGGGGUCACCCAUGACCCCAGUGUCACCAUCAGGUACACCUGGGAGAAGGGGGGCUCUAUCCUCAAUGUGGAGUCUACUCCUCGCCUUCGGCUGGACCCCGAUGGCACGCUGCAUAUCUCCCAGACGUGGUCCGGGGACAUCGGGACAUACACCUGUAGGGUCACCUCUGUGGGAGGCAACGACUCACACAGUGCCUUCCUUAGAGUCAGGCAGCUCCCCCAUGCCCCCGAGAACCCGGUGGCCGCUCUGAGCACCACCGAGAGGAGGGCUAUCAACUUGACCUGGGCAGCCCCCUUUGACGGGAACAGUCCUCUCAUCCGCUACAUCCUGGAGGUGUCCGAGAACAAUGCUCCGUGGACUGUCCUCCUGGCUAACGUCGAACCCGAGUCCACCAGCGUUACAGUUGGGGGCCUUAUCCCCUCACGGUCCUAUCAGUUUCGUCUCUGCGCGGUCAACGACGUGGGGAAGGGCCAGUUCAGCCGGGAGACGGAGCGACUGUCCCUUCCUGAAGAACCCCCCAGCGCACCCCCUCAGACUGUGAUUGCCAGCGGCCGCACCAACCAGUCCAUCAUGAUUCAGUGGCAGCCCCCACCGGAGAGCCACCAGAAUGGUGUUCUGCAGGGCUACAUUAUCCGAUACUGCCUGGCUGGCCUCCCGGUUGGCUACCAGUUCAAGAACAUCACCAACCCCGACCAGACCAACCUGCUCUUGGAGGACCUCAUCAUCUGGACCAACUAUGAGAUCGAGGUGGCAGCCUACAAUGGAGCAGGGCUUGGCACCUUCAGCCACAAGGUCACAGAGUGGACGCUGCAGGGAGUGCCCACAGUGCCCCCGGGGAAUGUCCAGGCUGAGGCGGUCAACUCGACGACAGUCCGCCUGACCUGGACUGCCCCCAGUCCCCAGUUCAUCAAUGGCAUCAACCAGGGGUACAAGCUGUUGGCAUGGGAACCUGGCCAGGAGGAUGAGGUUACCGUGGUGACUGUGAGGCCCAACUUCCAGGACACAGUCCACGUGGGCUACAUUAUAGGGCUGAAGAAGUUUAUGGAGUACUUCACCUCAGUGCUGUGCUUCACCACACCAGGGGAUGGACCCCGCAGUCCUCCGCAGCGCCUUCGCACACAUGAGGACACCCCCGGCCCCGUGGGGCACCUGAGCUUCACGGAGAUCCUGGACACGUCUCUGAAAGUGAGCUGGAAAGAACCCCAUGAGAAGAAUGGCAUCCUCACAGGCUAUCGCAUCUCCUGGGAGGAGUACAACCGCACCAACACACGGGUGACUCAUUACCUGCCCAACCUGACCCACGAGUACCGUGUCACCGGGCUGACCGCCCUCACCACUUACACCAUUCAGGUUGCCGCCAUGACCUCCAAGGGCCAGGGUCAGCUGUCGUCCUCAACCAUCUCAUCAGGAGUGCCCCCCGAGCUUCCUGGCCCCCCCACCAACAUCGCCAUCUCUAACAUUAGUCCCCGCUCCGUCACGCUGCAGUUCAAGCCCGGCUACGACGGCAAAACCUCCAUCUCCCGCUGGAUGGUGGAGGCGCAGAUCGGCGUCAUAGGAGAGAACGAGGAUUGGGUCAUGGUGCACCAGCUACCCAAUGAACCUGAUGCCCGAUCCCUAGAAGUCCCUAGACUCAACCCCUACACGUUCUACAGGUUCAGGAUGAGGCAGGUCAACAUUGUUGGCACCAGUCCACCCAGUCAGCCAUCCAGGAAGAUACAGACCCUGCAGGCUCCCCCAGACGUUGCCCCUGGCAACGUUACCCUGCGCACGGCCAGUGAGACCAGCUUGUGGCUGCGCUGGGUGCCCCUCCCAGAGUGGGAGUACAACGGAAACCCAGAGCUGGUGGGUUACCGGGUCCAGUAUGCCCAGACUGGCUCGCCUGAACGGGUGCUGACCCACGUCAUCCCUGACCGGCUGGAGCGUGAGUUCACCAUUGAAGAUUUGGAGGAAUGGACCGAAUACGAGGUUCGGGUACAGGCACUCAACGGCAUCGGGGCUGGGCCCUGGAGUCAGCCAGUGCAUGGCAGGACAAGGGAGUCAGUCCCCUCCUGUGGACCCUCCAACGUCUCCGCCUUCGCUACGACCUCCAGCAGUAUCCUGGUGCGUUGGGUCGAGGUCCCUGAGGCCGACCGCAACGGCCUUAUUCUGGGCUACAAGGUGGUGUAUAAGGAGAAGGACUCAGAUGUGCCGCUCCAGUUCUGGACAGUGGAGGGCAACACCACCCACAGCGUCCAGCUCACCGGCCUGGGGAAGUACAUCCUGUAUGAGAUCCAGGUGCUGGCCUUCACCCGCAUUGGUGACGGGGUGCCAAGCUCACCCCCCAUCUUGGAGAGGACUCUGGAUGAUGUGCCAGGACCCCCAGUGGGGAUUCUGUUCCCUGAGGUUCGGACAACCUCUGUGCGCCUCAUUUGGCAGUCCCCUGCCCAGCCCAAUGGCAUCAUCCUAGCCUAUCAGAUUACCUACAGACUGAACUCCACCAAUAGCAACACGGCCACCGUGGAUGUGUUGAACCCAAGCGCACGUCAGUACACGGCAUCUGGGCUCAAACCAGAGUCGGUAUAUGUGUUCCGCAUCACGGCCCAGACGCGCAAGGGUUGGGGCCAGGCAGCCGAGGCUCUGGUGGUCACCACGGAGAAGAGAGCUCGACCCCAGCCCACCAGCCGGCCCGUGGUCCCACAGGAGGAUGUCCAGGCCCGUAGUGUGUUGUUGUCAUGGGAACCGGGCAGCAAUGGCCUCUCACCUGUGCGCUACUACACCGUUCAGUGCCGAGAACUUCCUGAAAGCAACUGGACCGUCCACUCAGCAUCCGUCAACCACGAGGCCACUUCCUACAUCGUAGACAGGCUCAAGCCCUUCACAUCCUACCAGUUCAGGGUAAAGGCCAUUAAUGAUAUUGGAGACAGUGAUUACAGUGAAGAGAGCGAGGCCAUCACCACUCUGCAGGACGCCCCGGAUGAAGCUCCCACAAUCCUCUCCGUCACCCCGCACACCACAACAUCGGUGCUCAUUCGCUGGCAGCCACCCGCUGAAGAGCGGAUCAACGGCAUCCUCCUGGGCUUCCGGGUGCGCUACCGGGAGCUCCAGUACGACCGCCUGCGCAGCUAUACCGUUCGCACGGUCAACAGUCCCGCAGCCACAUGGGCGGAACUUACCACUACAUACAGCGUGCGGAACCUCACUCAGUCCUCACUGACCGAGUACGAGCUGGACAACCUGAGUAAACACAAGCGCUACGAGAUCCGACUGAGCGUGUACAACGCGGUGGGAGAGGGGCCCGUCAGCAGUCCACAGGAAGUGUUUGUGGGGGAAGCGGUGCCGACAGCCCCGCCCCAAAAUGUGGCCAUCCAGUCGGCAACAGCCACUCAGCUGGACGUCACAUGGGACCCUCCUCCGGUGGAGGCUCAGAAUGGUGACAUUCAGGGGUAUAAGAUUUACUUCUGGGAAUUCCAAUUGCGGAAUGAGACAGAGCGAAUGAGGAUCCUUUUCUUGCCUGAGACUGGAGUCAAGCUGAAGAACCUGACAGGUUACACCACCUACAUGAUCAGCGUGGCUGCCUUCAACGCUGCCGGAGACGGGCCCCGCAGUGCGCCCACCAGGGGGCGCACCCAGCAAGCAGCCCCCAGCACUCCCAGCUUCAUCCACUUCAGCGAGCUCACCACCACCUCCGUCAACAUGUCCUGGGGGGAACCCGCUCACCCCAACGGCAUCAUCGAGGGCUACCGCCUAGUCUACAAACCCUGCACCCCAGUGGACGGUGUCAGCAAAGUUGUGACAGUGGAUAUUAAGGGAAGUGCCCCCCUGUGGAUGAAAAUCAAAGACCUGGCUGAUGGAGUUACCUACAACUUCCGCAUCCGGGCCAAGACCAUCACCUACGGCCCAGAAGUGGAAGCCAACAUCACAACUGGACCUGGGGAAGGUGCUCCUGGACCCCCGGGUGACCCCUUCAUCUCUCGCUACGGCUCCACCCUCACUCUGCACUGGACCAGCGGCGAUCCUGGUCGAGCACCCAUCACUCGCUACGUCAUCGAGGCCAGGCCCUCAGAUGAAGGACUGUGGGACAUACUGGUGAAGGACAUCCCAAAGGAAGUGACAUCUUACACGCUGGACUUUGAUAUGCUGAGAGAAGGUGUUACCUAUGACUUCCGGGUCAUCGGGGUAAAUGACUAUGGCUAUGGGUCCCCUAGUGCCCCAUCACCCUCCAUAUCUGCCCAAAAGGUGGCGCCAUUCUAUGAAGAGUGGUGGUUUUUGGUGGUUAUUGCUCUGGUCGGCCUGAUCUUCAUCCUCCUCCUGGUCUUCAUCCUCAUCAUCAGGGGACAGAGCAAGAAAUAUGCCAAGAAGUCAGACUCCGGAAACCACACCAAGUGCAGUGCUCUCCAGCUCAGCCACGGGGACAUGGUCCGGCUGGACGAAGGCCGCUUCCCCGCGCUGGAGCUUAACAACCGACGGCUGUCUGUCAAGAACUCCUUCUGCCGCAAGAACGGGAUCUACACCAGGUCUCCUCCACGGCCCAGUCCAGGAAGCCUGCACUAUUCAGACGAAGAUGUCAGCACCAAGUACAAUGACCUGGUGGCUGCAGAGAGCAGCAGUCUGACAGAGAAACCCUCUGAGGUCUCAGACUCACAGGGCAGCGACAGUGAAUACGAGGUGGAGCAGAACCGACACAAGACCCACUCGUUUGUCAACCACUACAUCAGUGACCCCACCUACUAUAAUUCGUGGAGGCGCCAGCAGAAGGGGCUGUCCCGACCCCAGGCCUACGGGUACGUGGAGGACCAGGGUGAUCCGGAACCGCGGGGCCCCCCUCCGCCCUUGCCGCCCCUACCCCCGCUCGUGCCCCAGGCUGCCCCCACAGGGCAACCUCAGCCCCAGCCCGAGCCCCAGGCACUGGCCCAGGGCAGCCUCUUCAGGCCUAAGGGCAGUCGGACUCCCACGCCCUCUCAACAGUCCUCCAACCCCCCCAGCCAACAUAGCACCCUCUACCGGCCCCCCAGCAGCCUGGGGGCCAGCACCCAGACCCCCAUUGCCGGAUUCUCCUCAUUUGUUUGAGGCCAGACUUGUACUCCGGCGGCUUUCCAAACAAAGCACUCUGCAAACGUGAAAC